AUGAUGAUAAACCCUCGUUGUUAGUAUCUCCUUUUGCCUUUUUGUGGUUGGCCUGUUGUAGUGGGAGUGGGCAUGUGGCGACGCUGCAGCACCGCUCUUCCGUCAGGCUAGUGGGGUGGGGAACUGGGGAUCCAUCAGCUCGUGGAUUUUGGUUUCUCCCUUUUGGUUGCAAUUGGCAAGUAAUUCUAGCUUUGUUUGGGUACCUAUCCAUCUAAGUUGAGCCACACUUGUUCGGUUGUACCCGAUUAAGGUGAAAUUAUCAGAGUUACAGUGGUUAGGAACCGAAGCGUUUGUACCUACUUGACCUUUGGGGGGGGCAUCAGAACUGUGUGAAGAUCAGGUUUGCUAAGUGGAAGGGGCCAGAUGGGGUUUGACCCAAUGGAUUGGUACUGCCAGCCGGUCAAGCAUGGUGCUUGGUCGCAUGUGGUGGAGAAUGCAUUCGGCCCCUACACUCCGUGUGGCAUCGACACCUUGGUGGUGUGCAUCUCACACCUCGCACUCUUUGGUGUUUGCUUCUAUCGUAUAUGGAGGACAACGAGGGACUACAGAGUGCAGCGAUACAAGUUACGUUCACCGUACUACAACUAUCUGCUUGGGCUGCUACUGGUGUACUGCAUAGCAGAGCCGCUGUAUCGGAUUGCCACUGGUACCUCCAUCAUGAACUUGGAUGGGCAGCCGGGUCUUGCUCCAUUUGAGAUCGUCUCAUUGAUCAUUGAGUCUGCUGCUUGGUGCUGUAUGCUUGUAAUGAUUCUUCUGGAGACAAGAAUUUAUAUCUAUGAGUUCAGAUGGUACAUCCGGUUUGUGGUCAUUUAUGUGUUGAUUGGGGAAGCUGCUAUGUUUAAUCUUGUGCUCUCAGUGAGGCAGUACUACAGUUCGAGUUCAAUCUUUUACUUAUACUGCAGUGAGAUUGUAUGCCAGUUCUUGUUUGGAAUUCUCAUGGUGGUUUAUCUGCCUAGCUUGGAUCCUUAUCCGGGUUAUACCCCUAUCAGGAAUGAGGAGCUGGUCGACAAUACUGAUUAUGAACCUCUUCCUAGUGGAGAGCAGAUUUGCCCUGAGAGACAUGCCAACAUAUUUUCCAGAAUAUUCUUUUCAUGGAUGACUCCUCUAAUGCAACAAGGAUAUAAAAGGCCCAUCACAGAUAAGGAUAUUUGGAAACUAGACACCUGGGAUGAGACUGAAACUUUGUAUAGCCGAUUCCAGAAAUGCUGGAAUGAUGAGCUUCGAAAACCAAAACCUUGGCUGUUACGAGCUCUUCACAGCAGCCUUUGGGGAAGAUUCUGGCUGGGAGGGUUUUUUAAGAUUGGCAAUGAUGCUUCUCAAUUUGUUGGUCCACUCAUAUUGAACCUGUUGUUAGAGUCUAUGCAAAAGGGUGAUCCAUCUUGGAGCGGGUACAUCUACGCUUUCUCAAUCUUUGCCGGAGUGUCACUGGGAGUUCUUGCUGAGGCACAGUACUUCCAGAAUGUCAUGCGUGUCGGUUUCAGGUUGAGGUCCACAUUGAUUGCAGCUGUUUUCCGCAAGUCCUUGCGACUGACUAAUGAUAGUCGUAGGAAGUUUGCUUCUGGGAGGAUUACCAAUUUGAUUUCGACUGACGCGGAGUCCCUUCAGCAAGUGUGCCAGCAGCUUCACAGCCUAUGGUCUGCGCCUUUCCGCAUAGUUAUCUCCAUGAUCCUUCUAUAUGCACAGCUUGGUCCUGCAGCAUUAGUUGGUGCGCUCAUGUUGGUUCUUUUGUUUCCAAUUCAGACAGUCAUCAUCAGCAAAAUGCAAAAACUUACCAAGGAGGGGUUGCAAAGGACCGACAAGCGAAUCAGUCUCAUGAAUGAAGUGUUAGCUGCUAUGGAUACAGUCAAGUGUUAUGCUUGGGAGCAAAGCUUCCAGUCGAAGGUGCAGGACAUCCGCGAUGAUGAGCUUUCUUGGUUCCGCAGGGCUCAGUUGCUUGCUGCGCUGAAUAGCUUUAUCCUGAACAGUAUCCCGGUUAUUGUCACUGUUGUUUCAUUUGGUGUAUAUUCUCUACUGGGAGGUGACUUGACACCAGCAAAGGCGUUUACUUCUCUUUCAUUAUUUGCAGUCUUAAGGUUUCCACUUUUCAUGUUGCCGAAUCUGAUAACUCAGGUGGUUAAUUGCAAGGUAUCAUUGAAGCGCCUGGAAGAUCUCCUGUUGGCUGAAGAGAGAUUGCUUCUGCCAAAUCCACCUAUUGAUCCUGAGCUUCCGGCCAUUUCUAUCAAGAAUGGGUAUUUUUCAUGGGAAUCACAGGCUGAGAGACCAACUUUAUCAAAUGUCAAUCUGGAUGUACCUGUUGGAAGUUUAGUUGCAAUAGUAGGAAGUACUGGGGAGGGUAAAACUUCUCUCAUAUCUGCCAUGCUUGGAGAAAUACCACCAGUGUCGGGAUCAGAUACCUCAGUGGUCAUUCGUGGAUCGGUGGCUUAUGUUCCUCAAGUUUCGUGGAUCUUCAAUGCCACCGUCCGGGACAACAUAUUGUUUGGGUCUCCUUUUCAAGCCCCACGCUAUGAGAAAGCAAUAGAUGUAACUUCAUUGCGCCAUGACCUUCACCUACUCCCAGGAGGCGAUCUCACAGAGAUUGGUGAAAGAGGAGUUAAUAUUAGUGGGGGACAGAAGCAAAGAGUUUCAAUGGCAAGAGCUGUGUAUUCGGAUUCAGAUGUAUACAUAUUUGAUGAUCCACUCAGUGCAUUAGAUGCCCAUGUUGGCCGUCAGGUAUUUGACAAAUGUAUCAAAGAAGAACUACAGCAUAAAACACGGGUUCUUGUUACCAAUCAGCUGCAUUUUCUGCCAUAUGUCGAUAAAAUAGUGCUGAUUCAUGAUGGUGUAAUUAAAGAGGAGGGCACUUUUGAUGAACUUAGCAACAGCGGCGAACUCUUCAAGAAGCUUAUGGAAAAUGCUGGGAAAAUGGAGGAACAAGUAGAAGAGAAGCAGGAUGAAAGCAAAUCACAGGAUGUUGCAAAACAAACUGAGAAUGGGGAUGUUGUAAUAGUUGAUGGAGGUUCGCAGAAGAGCCAGGAUGAUUCUAAUAAAACAAAACCGGGUAAAUCUGUUCUUAUUAAGCAAGAGGAAAGGGAAACAGGAGUUAUCAGUGCGAAGGUCCUUUCACGUUACAAAAAUGCACUGGGAGGGGUGUGGGUGGUAUCCAUACUCUUCUUUUGCUAUGCACUGACUGAAGUUCUUCGUAUUUCAAGUAGCACAUGGUUGAGCGUUUGGACUGAUCAGGGUUCUCUGAAAAUUCAUGGCCCUGGUUACUACAAUUUGAUCUAUGGAAUUCUUUCUUUCGGACAGGUUCUAGUCACUCUCUCAAACUCUUACUGGUUGAUUAUAUCAAGUCUUCGGGCAGCAAAAAGGCUGCAUGAUGCCAUGCUUCGGUCAAUAUUAAGAGCUCCCAUGGUAUUUUUUCAUACCAACCCACUUGGACGGAUCAUCAACAGAUUUUCAAAGGAUUUGGGUGACGUUGACAGGAAUGUUGCUGUCUUUGUCAAUAUGUUUAUGGCACAAAUAUCUCAAUUGCUCUCAACUUUUGUUCUCAUCGGAUUUGUCAGCACUAUGUCUCUCUGGGCCAUCAUGCCGCUCCUGAUUUUGUUUUAUGCAGCUUACCUCUAUUACCAGACAACAUCUCGCGAGGUGAAGCGUCUGGAUUCCAUUACCAGGUCUCCCGUGUAUGCUCAGUUCUCAGAGGCUCUGAAUGGUCUGUCCACAAUCCGUGCGUAUAAAGCCUAUGAUAGAAUGGCAAACAUAAAUGGGAGAUCAAUGGACAACAACAUUAGGUUCACACUUGUGAACAUGAGUUCAAAUAGGUGGCUAGCUAUUCGUCUGGAAACACUGGGUGGCAUCAUGAUAUGGUUCACAGCAACUUUUGCUGUUAUGCAAAAUCAACGAGCAGAGAAUCAGAAGGCCUUUGCAUCUACAAUGGGUCUACUUCUUACUUACACUCUCAAUAUUACCAAUUUGCUCACAGCUGUCCUUCGUCUUGCUAGUCUUGCUGAAAAUAGUUUAAAUGCUGUUGAACGGGUGGGAACAUACAUUGAGUUGCCUUCUGAAGCUCCCCCUGUCAUUGAGGACCAUAGGCCACCCCCUGGUUGGCCAUCAUCAGGUGUCAUCAAGUUUGAAGAUGUCGUUCUUCGAUAUCGACCAGAACUUCCUCCUGUUCUUCAUGGCAUAUCUUUCAUUAUUAAUGGAAGUGAGAAAGUAGGAAUAGUUGGCAGAACAGGUGCUGGUAAAUCUAGCAUGCUCAAUGCUUUGUUUCGUAUCGUGGAGCUUGAAAGAGGGAGGAUAUUGAUCGAUGAUUGUGACACUUCCAAGUUUGGAAUUUGGGACCUGCGCAAAGUUCUAGGAAUAAUACCACAAGCACCAGUUCUAUUUUCAGGUUCUGUUCGAUUUAAUCUGGAUCCUUUUAAUGAGCACAACGAUGCGGAUCUCUGGGAGGCUCUGGAAAGGGCUCAUCUAAAGGAUGUUAUCAGGAGGAAUGCUCUUGGACUAGAUGCUGAGGUUUCUGAAGCUGGUGAAAAUUUUAGUGUUGGACAACGGCAGCUGUUGAGCUUAGCUCGUGCGCUGCUGAGAAGAGCAAAGAUACUUGUUCUUGAUGAGGCGACAGCAGCAGUUGAUGUACGGACUGAUGCUCUUAUUCAGAAAACCAUCCGAGAAGAAUUCAAGAGUUGCACAAUGCUCAUAAUUGCUCACCGUUUGAACACUGUCAUUGACUGUGACAGGUUGCUUAUUCUAAGUGCUGGGCAGGUUCUGGAAUUUGACUCACCUGAGAAUCUUCUGAGCAAUGAGGACAGUGCUUUCUCCAAGAUGGUGCAGAGUACAGGACCUAGCAACGCAGAAUAUCUCAAGAGUCUUGUAUUCGGAAGUGGAGAGGAGAGAUCACGGAGAGAAGAAAUCAAGCUGCAAGAUAUUCAAAGGAGAUGGGUGGCUUCUAAUCGAUGGGCAGAAGCUGCCCAAUUUGCGCUUGCUAGAAGCCUCACAUCAUCACACAGUGACCUCCUCGCCCUAGAAGCUGCUGAGGGAAAUAAUAUCCUCAGGAGAACAAAGGAUGCUGUAAUCACUCUGCAAAGUGUUCUAGAAGGGAAGCACAAUUCUGAAAUUGAUGAAUCCCUAAAUCAGUAUCAGGUCCCAGCUGACCGGUGGUGGUCAUCGCUUUACAAAGUCAUCGAAGGCCUCGCCACGAUGAGCAGAUUGGGCCGCAACCGCCUGCAGCAACCUUCCUACAAUUUUGAGAACAACGGUUCUAUUGACUGGGACCAAAUGUAGAUGUAGAAUUCUGGAGUAGAAACACUGAUCCCUGAAGUUGCAUUGUGGAGUAGGUUGGAGGUGCUGUUAUUUCUUCUAGCGGAUUUGAUUCCUACUGUGUAGAUGCUGCCACGGACAUAUGACGUGCAAGCUUUAAGUAGUAGAUUCACGGCCCUGACGCCGCUCUGAAAAUGAAUAACGAGCAAGUUUUGGCACAGAAAGACGUUGCCGUACCGUCGUCCGCGAGGAUUGUAAUUUCUCAACUCACGACAUCAGUAUAUGCUAGAUUUCUGUAACUUGUGUCAAUGCAAGUCUUUUCGUGAGGGGACGAUUGCGUGCAAAGGUUAAUUUCUGCUGAUCAGUUAUAGCCCAAUGUUGUAAUAACGAUAUGGUUCCUAAUUCAAAAUAAGUGCUAAAGUCAGUGCA